AUGACUGCGUUAACACCAUACAUUUCUUUGUCUAGUCCGAGCCCCGUAUUCACAUACGAACCGUUCCGGGACGGCUGGUAUGGAUAUGAAGGCGAUCCUGCCGGAGGAUGGCGAGCAAGUUUCUCCAAUGUUAUCUCUUGGCCAAAUCCAGGUCUAAAUAAUGUCGGGACAGGUGUCCCGCUGCGGGAGACAUACCUUGACGGUGCGAAUGUGACUGUGCAGUUCGAGGGCGAGUUUGUAUACCUGGCUGAUAGACACUAUGUUCAAGCUCAUACUGCGAGAUCAGGCACAGCUGUAUAUCUUUGUCUUACACCUACUAGCGCUUCUUUCACGUUUACGAUCGACGGCAAUCCAAUGUCAACGACUGGUCUGUCUUCAGAUCCUGCCUGUGCCGAAACUGGCGCAGAACAAAUGGCAUAUGCGGAUGGUCUCCCUGGCGUUGUUACUGUUGGACUGAAUGGCACGAAUCCUACCACGACUCACCUCGUAGAUGACGAUGUGGGAUGGUCGUAUCAACCAGGGGGGGCUUGGACUUUCUCGAAUGUUUCUGCACCAAGCGGCAACCUAUCUCAAUCCUGGACAUGUUCAUAUGGUCCUUCAUACACGGCGAGCUAUACAUUUAACGGCUCGUCUGCGGUUCAGCUGCUAGGUUUGCUCAACCUCAAUAUUGGCCCAUACACCAUUCAAUUUGACGGGCAAUCAUACACAUACAAUGGCUCGGAUCUCUGGCGUGAAACAGAGCAAGUCAUGUUUUUCAAGGCCGGCUUGGAUGCAUCGAAAGAAUACACGAUCACUUAUAUUAACUACGACCAAGCGGCCCCUGAUGCCCAGCAGCCUGUCGGACCCGACUAUUACCCAUGCGCGUCAGUGCAAGGGUUAUUAUUAGCGAAAGUGACUCCUGGCCCUCCUCCCAAAUCUGGAGCUGGCUCUGGCGAUAACACCUCUGGAAGCGGCCCUGUUACAAGCACCCCUGUUGGUGCAAUCGUCGAUGGAGUGGUUGGCGGCAUCGCAGCCGUAUGCAUUAUAGUUCUUAUCUUGUGGUGUUUCUGCCGGAGAAGGAGACAUGCGGCAUCCGCCCUCCUUGAAAUUGACCCCGACCCGAUUUUCGUCCACCCAGAAGCAACCCCGUAUAUUCUACCGCCGCAGCCCGCUCAAAUCAGCACUAAUUCUGCCCAAAGACUAGAAGAUCCCCAGGUCACCGGGUACCCGAGUCCCGGAAUAACUACGCUUUUCUCUUCACCUGUAACAUCUCAGCCCUCCGGCAGCGACGAAAAACGACGCCUGGGAAGGUCACCCAUGGAAAGAAUGGCUUUAUUGACAAACUCAUCCGUUUUACCACCCUCAAUGGCAAGCGUUUCUCCUCUCCAACCAUCUACAAACGCGUCUCCAAAUCCGAGCGACAUGAAUGUUGCCUCCACGCAAGAGCUUGUUGGUAUUCUGAAUCAACGGCUCCGAGCGCAAUUCCGGACAAAGAACGACUUGGAUCUUCCCGAGUAUGAGGCGGUGAAUUAG